AUGGCAUCUUCAAGCCCGCCCGCACCCAAGAGUCCUGAUUCUGAGAAAGAUGGUACGGCUAAUCCCAGCACCACUGCUGCAGCAGACGCCACUGACAUUGCUGGUUCUUUUGCUUGUCAACCUCGUACUACCCAAUUCGAAACUGAAUUGGGCCAUUUAGAGCCGUCCUUCCCAUCAGCACCUGUCUCUGAUGCGUUCGACGAUUUCGAUACUGUUAACGAAGUGGGCGUCGCGCGUCUUGCGGAGCCCGCAAUUGGAGAGAGGGCAUUAGGUGAGCCGGAACGCGCAACCGCCGCUUUGCAGAAUGGACUGUCUUCCGCGGAAGACGCCGACGACGGUGAAGUUCCCCCGAGCUCCGCAGCCGCAGCUGCAGCUUCCGCGGGCGGCGCAGCCGGCGGGGAUGCGAACGUUGACCGCGCGCCGGAGGGCGAUGCGCGCAGUCACAACCCGGAAAACGAUGACGGCGCGGCGAGUCAAUGCGGGGCAAACGAUCGGCGGGACGAGACGAAGGGCGGAGCGGAACACGGUGAGGAAUCGCUGAGGGACUGGGGCGACCAUGGGUCGGAACAAACGGCGGAGGAGGCGAAACGCGAAGAGGGGGUGACAGGGAACGAUGGCGAGGAGUUUGGCAAAAUCAUGGGAGCGGCUGCAGAAUCGUGUGAAGCGAGAGCAGCGGCACGAGAAAGGGAGGGGCCGGAAGAUGCAACAUUGACUACCGAAUUGAAAGAAGAUGAUCGCAGGCAACUAGCGGAAACCGAGCUUGUAACGGAUGGUCCAGUAACGGAUGCCGCGCUUACCACUAACCUCGUCGAUAAUGCUCCGCUACUGGACGAUGCCAUUGCUGACGGUGUUGAAAUAAUUUCGGAUAUUUCCAAGCUGGGGUUAUUCGAUGGGCCUGUAACCGGUGACGCUGUAACGGAUGUUCCUAUAGAGGACGGUGCCCCUGCCGAUGAUUCUUUCGCGGACGAUGAUUUCCCCGAGGAUGACCCGAUAGUGGACGAUUCGUUACUCAACAAGCUUUAUCCAAUUCAAGACAUUCCGCCCCUUACAGACUCUGCAGAACUCGCGUCGUCAGCCGAAGCAGCCAUAGCCGCGUUACAAUCGCCGUCCUUCCCCUUCCCCUUCCCCACUGCCGCGCUCCCUAACGAAGCACGCCUGCUACUGUCGCUGCUGGCGCAAGACGCGCUAGACCGCGAGCAGUACCGGCGGUGGCGGGAACGGUUACACGUGGCGCAAUGGGAGUGGCGGAACGAGCACGAGCGGCGGAAGCGCGCGGUGAGGGAGGCGAUGGAGUGGGAAGCGCGCAGCGACGAACGCGCGCAGGAGGACGAGGAGCAGCGCAUUCGGCGCGCGCGAAUGGCCGCGCGAGCCGUGGCGAGUGGCGCAGCGGCUUAUGGCGAG